AUGGCUGACCCCAAAUACGCAAAUUUACCGGGAAUUGCUUUUAACGAGCCGGAUGUGUACGAGACCGGUGACUUGCCAGAAGAUGACCAAGCUCAGUUCGAGUCGCUUUUACAAGAGCUGGAAGAACUGUGCAGCGACAGCGUGGAGCGGAUCGUUGUCAACCCAAAUGCCGCUUAUGACAAGUUCAAGGACAAGCAUGUCAACACUAAAGGACUGGACUUCUCAGACAGAAUCAGUCGAAGCCGAAGAGUGGGCUAUGAGUCUGGGGAAUUUGAAAGUCUGGGAGAGGGAUGUGGUGUCAAGGAGACGCCCCAGCAGAAAUACCAACGUUUAGUGAGUGAGAUCCAGGAGCUCUGUCAGGAGGUGGACACUAUUCAGGCCAUCACAAAAGAAAGCAAUGCGGAGGAGCGCCUGAACCCUGUGAUCCUCGCCCAGCAGGCGGCCCAGCUCAAACAACAGCUAGUUUCUAAUCACCUUGAUUCGCUGCUGGGACCGCAGGCACACAUCAACCUGGCAGAUCCGGACGGCGCGCUGACCAGGCGCCUGCUCACACAACUGGAGGCAGCCAAGGGCAGUCGCAGCUGCUCAGCAGGAGACGGCAAGGUUCCGGCGUCGGCCAAGGGCCCGGAUGGAGUGGUCCUCUAUGAACUACACAGUAGACCUGAGCAGGAGAAGUUCAACGACUCUGCUAAGAUGGCAGAAUUGGAGAAGCGUCUGGCAGACCUGGAAAUGGCUAUUGGCUCCACAUCAGACAAGCAGGGUCCUCUCAGUGCUGGCAUGCAAGGAGUCAGUCUGACGGAUACUCUGGAACUCCUCCAGGCCAGGGUCAGUGCGCUGGACUCGGCAACUUUGGAUCAAGUGGAGGCCAGGCUGCAGAGCGUGCUCGGGAAGAUGAAUGAGAUAGCUAAACACAAAACAGCAAUCGAGGACGCCGACACACAGAGCAAGCUGUCACAGCUGUAUGACACGGUGAAGAAGUGGGAGGCCAUGUCCACCUCCGUUCCUCAGGUUGUCCAGAGGUUGACCACGGUCAAGGAAAUGCAUGAGCAAGCCAUGCAGUUUGGCCAACUGCUCACUCAUCUGGACACCACUCAGCAGAUGAUCAACAACUCACUGAAGGACAACACCACUUUGCUGACACUGGUCCAGCAGACAAUGAAGGAAAACCUUGCGACCAUUGAGGAAAAUUUUGCCGCACUUGACCAGAGAAUGAAAAAGGUGUCCAAAUAA